AUGAAUGGCCUCGAAGUCUCCCCCUUCAUUGCCUCGCUUCCUAAAGUCGAACUGCACGUUCACAUCGAGGGCACUCUUCUGCCUUCUCUUCGCUGGAAGCUUGCAAAACAAAACUCGGUGCCGCUACAGUAUGAAACAUAUGAAGAUCUCCUGGAAUCGUACAAGAUCUUCUUCAACCACCGGCCGGAAAUUAACGGCCGCGUCCCCGGUAUCCCGACUUUUCUUGAGGCGUACUUUGCAGGUUGCGAAGUCCUGAAGACGGAAGAUGACUUUUACGAAAUGUCCAUGGACUAUUUUCGUCGAUGCGCCGAAAUGAAUGUCCGCUACGUUGAGCCUUUCUUCGACAUCCAGGCGCAUACACGCCGAGGGGUCCCUGCGGCGGACGUAUUGAAUGGAUAUCUUCGUGCACAACGCGACGGGGCAGAGAAAUUAGGUGUCAAGUCCAACUGGGUAUUUUGCUUCAUCCGUGACGAGAGUUUGGAAGACGGCAUCGACGCUUAUGAGACGGCACGGCCGUGGGCUGCCGGGAAUGUUGAAGGCGGAAAGGGGCUGUUCCACGCAGUUGGGCUUGCAAGUAAUGCAUACGAAAGACCACCAAUGCUCUUCGAACAAGGGUUUCUCAAGGCCAAGAGUGAUGGACUGCAUGUUACUAUGCAUUGUGAUUUUGGCCAGAAGGACACUUAUGAUCAUGUCCAUGAAGCAAUCUUUGAGGUCUGCGGGGGUAAAGGGGCGGAGAGGAUCGAUCACGGUCUUGAUGCCGCGGACCGCGAUGAAUUGUUGCAGGGCUUGCUGGACCGGAAUAUCGGUCUGACACUGUGUCCCCACGCAUACCAUCGCCGAACCGCCACAGAGGUGCUGUUUCCCAAGAUUCGGAAGCUUUGGGAGAAGGGAGUGAAGUUCUGUAUCAAUAGCGACGAUCCUGUGUACAUGCAUGAUGUCUGGAUUGAUGGGAACAUGCAGAAGGUGUACACCUACUGCAAUAUGAGCAAGGGAGACAUGGUGAAGUUGGCAAGGAAUGGGGUUGAUAUGUGUUGGGCAAGUGAUGAGAUUAAAGAAGAGCUGUAUCGGGAGUUGGAUUCAGUAGAUGUCGAAUGA